GUAGCGAAAUUGAUUCACAAAAACAACACAGAGAAGAAGAAGAUAACAAUGGCGUCUAUGGCUGCGAUUGGAGUUCUAAAAGUACCUCCUGCUUCGAGUUUCGAUUCCACCGGCAAAGCCACGGAGGCUGUUCCGACGAGAACUCUUUCUUUCUCCUCCUCUGUAACUUCAUCCGACGAGAAGAAGCUUUCACUCAAAUCCACCGUCUCCCGUCGUUUUAAAUCUGUUCUUCGCGGCCAAUAUAUGAGGAAUCCGAUGAUCGUCUCUCCUAAAGCUGUCUCCGAUUCUCAAAACUCACAAACUUGUCUCGAUCCUGAUGCAAGCAGCAGUGUGUUGGGGAUAAUCUUAGGAGGUGGAGCUGGAACUCGUCUUUAUCCUCUUACGAAGAAGAGAGCGAAACCAGCUGUUCCUCUUGGUGCUAACUAUAGGCUUAUUGAUAUUCCUGUGAGCAACUGUUUGAAUAGCAACAUAUCCAAAAUCUAUGUUCUUACUCAGUUCAAUUCCGCGUCUUUAAAUCGUCAUCUUUCACGAGCGUAUGCGAGUAACAUGGGAGGUUAUAAGAAUGAAGGUUUUGUUGAAGUUCUUGCUGCUCAACAAAGUCCUGAAAAUCCCAACUGGUUCCAGGGAACAGCUGAUGCAGUGAGGCAAUACUUGUGGUUGUUUGAGGAGCAUAAUGUUUUGGAGUAUCUGAUUCUUGCUGGGGAUCAUUUGUAUAGAAUGGACUAUGAGAAGUUUAUUCAAGCACAUAGAGAGACUGAUGCUGAUAUUACAGUAGCUGCAUUACCAAUGGACGAACAACGAGCCACUGCUUUUGGGCUAAUGAAGAUCGAUGAAGAAGGACGGAUCAUUGAAUUUGCCGAAAAACCAAAGGGAGAGCACCUAAAGGCCAUGAAGGUUGACACAACAAUUCUUGGUCUUGAUGAUAAGAGAGCCAAGGAGAUGCCUUACAUUGCUAGUAUGGGUAUUUAUGUUGUAAGCAGAGAUGUAAUGCUAGAAUUACUACGGGACAAGUUUCCUGGAGCUAAUGACUUUGGAAGCGAAGUCAUUCCCGGUGCCACUUCCCUUGGACUGAGGGUACAAGCUUACCUUUAUGAUGGCUACUGGGAAGACAUUGGUACUAUAGAGGCAUUCUAUAAUGCAAAUCUUGGAAUCACCAAGAAACCAGUUCCUGAUUUUAGUUUCUAUGAUCGUUCCGCUCCUAUCUACACACAGCCACGUUAUUUACCACCCUCUAAGAUGCUUGAUGCUGAUGUCACGGAUAGUGUCAUCGGAGAGGGCUGUGUUAUCAAGAACUGCAAAAUUCAUCACUCUGUGGUUGGACUCCGUUCCUGCAUAUCAGAAGGUGCUAUUAUUGAAGAUUCGCUAUUAAUGGGAGCUGACUAUUACGAGACUGCUUCGGAAAAGAGCCUUCUAAGUGCGAAAGGAAGUGUACCCAUAGGUAUUGGGAAAAACUCGCACAUCAAAAGGGCCAUCAUCGACAAAAACGCACGUAUCGGUGACAAUGUCAAGAUCAUAAACAGUGACAACGUGCAAGAGGCAGCGAGAGAGACUGAUGGAUAUUUCAUAAAGAGCGGAAUUGUAACCGUUAUCAAAGACGCCUUAAUCCCAACCGGCACUCUCAUCUAAACUACACAUAAUGCUCCUUUGUUUAUUUCUCUUUCUCCCUAAUAAAGGCAAACACUUCGAUGAUGUAUACGCCUUAUCAAUAAGUUUUCUUUAUGGCUUUUAAGCCCCAAUAAAUCUACUACCAUUGC